CUUUGAGCUGCGUUCAAAACAGAGAAGAGAAACUUCCUUGAUUGCAAAGUUAACCGAAGAGGCCAUUCUCUUAGCGACUGCAGGGCUGCUUUUUUUUAAACAAGAUACAUGCAGAUUUCAGAUAAAGUGGAUCUUUUUUAAGAGGCAUCAUGAGCCGUGGAUCUAAAAGUAAGACUGAGAGCAACCGAAGCUCUCUGUUGAGCCAACAAGAGAAUGAGAAGCUGGAGGAGCUGCUGGGAAGAAGAUGUUCAUCCAUGGCCACUGCAGUGGCUCAGCUGUUCAUGGCUCUCCCUCACAGUCCAACCAUGUGGAGUAUGCAGCACACCGGGGUGGUUUGCUUUGUCAAAGACAACCCUCAGCGCUCCUACUUCAUCCGAAUGUUUGACAUGAAGACAGAGAAAAUGGUUUGGGAGCAGGAGCUGUACAACCAAAUCAUUUACUCCACUCCACGGACGUUUUUUCACACCUUCACUGCAGAUGAUUGUCAAGUGGGGCUGAACUUCUCAGAUGAAGGCGAAGCAGAAAUUUUCCAAAAUGCCGUUGUGGAGAAAAUCAGUCAAAGAAACAACCGUCAAGAUAAGAAACAGCGCCCCCUACCGACGCCUGAUCGAGGUUCCUUGCCUCCAGUUCCUCCUGACAAAGCAGCAGCUGGUAACCACGGUUCCUUUCACAUGGCAACAGUGGACAUCCAAAACCCAGACAUCCAGUCUUCACGUUAUCGCACCAUGCCUCCACCCCCUGCUGCUACAGCUGUAGUUAUUAAUAAUAAGAAAAGCAAGAAAAGCAAGAAAAAAGGUCCUAAACUGUCCAAGGCAGACAUAGGAGCUCCCAGCGGGUUUACGCAUGUGUCGCAUGUUGGAUGGGACCCCAAUAACAUUGACCCUAAUCUGCUGAAGCUGUUCUCCCAGGCGGGCAUUAGUGAAGCUGACCUCAAGGACGAGAAGACCUCCCAGCUCAUCUAUAAUGUCAUUGAGCAGUCCGGGGGAAUUGAAGCUGUCCAACAGGAGGCAAACAGAGCAGCUGCUGCACCUCCACCACCUCCACAUGGCAGACAGGGAGCCCUGCCUCCUCUGCCCGGCUCUGGGUCUUCCGCUCCAGCCCCUCCGCCCCCUCGAGGUCGCUCCGGCCCUCUACCACCGCUCCCAGGUCAAUCCCAGCGGGGGAGCCCGACUCCAAAUCCACCUCCACCACGUGGGGGCCUGCCACCUCCGCCUCCAUCAAGCCGAGGGGGCCUACCCCCACCCCCUCCGCAGGCUCCACCCUCCUCAAAACAGGGUGCCUCAUUCCAAGUGUCCUCCCACAUCAUGCCACCACCCCCACCACCAUCAUCAUCAAACAAACGCUCCAUGGGGGUUCCUCCCCCUGUCCCAUCAGCACCCACCAGGGGAGGGGGAGGGGGACCUCCACCACCGCCUCCACCACCCCCACCUCCACCUCCUCAAACCCCCAUUCCUUCAGAUUUUCCACCUCCUCCACCAAGUUUUGAUUCCCCACAACCUGCACAGACGUCUGCGGGAGGAGAAGGCAGAGGAGCGCUGCUUGACCAGAUCCGACUAGGGAAAAGUCUCAAAAAGGUGGAGAACUCUGAUCCAGCUCCACCUGCGGCGGCAGAACCGGCCCCGGGCAUUGUGGGUGCUCUCAUGAUGGUCAUGCAGAAGAGGAGUAAAGUCAUCCAUUCCUCUGAUGAAAGUGAAGAUGAGGGAGGAGAUGAUGAUGAUGACGAUGAAGAAUGGGAUGACUGAUCUUACGUUGAUGGUUUUUGUGUCUUCUUUACUUUUUAACUGUUAAAUACAAUGAAUUCGGCACAGACUCGCGUAUUUCAAACUGGACUAUGACUCAUGUAUAUGUACUCACAUUGCCAAAAGUAUUUACUCACUCAUUGCAAAAUUAAAUGUAGGUGUUUUUAGCCAUUUCCAUGACAACAGGUGUAUAAGGUCAUCGACUCAUAAAUGCAGACUGUUUUUGUAAUUGGGUGGGAAAGAAUGGAUCGUUCUCAGGUUAGCAGUGAUCUCAUGGGGCGCAAUGGGAUAGGUUGAUACCUGUGCAACAGGUACAGUUGUUAAACCUUCAUGCUGCUGGAUAUUAUGACCAAGUGGAAGCGAACAGCAAAUGGGUGGUGGGUUUCCUACUGAUGUGAUGUGCGCAGAGGUUGCCAAAUUUGUGACCUACAAACCUCCAAACGUCCGAUUUCAAAUUAGUUCAAAACCGGGGGGAAACUUCAUUGAAUGUGUUUCCAUGACUCAGCAUCUGCACCCAAACCACACACCGUAAAUCAGAUACCGUACCGCUACAAGAGUUUUGAAGAGUUCUCUCCAUGUAUGAAGUUUGGUGGUGGGGUUGUUUUUUCAUGAGCUGAGCUUGUCUCCUCUGUUCUAAGAAAAAGAAUUUCUCAAUAUUUCAAUAUUUAGAAGAUUUUUUGACAAUUCCAUGCUUUCCGUUUUGUGAAAACCAAUUGGAGAAGACCUUUUUCUGUUUUAACAUGUCCACACACCAGUGCAGAAAUCAAGGAGCAUGAAAACGUGGAUGAGGAAUUCGGUGUAGAGGAACUUGACUGGCCUCAACCUAAUAAAACGCCUUGGGGUGAAUUAGAGAGAAAACUGUGAGCCAAUAAUUGUUCAACAGUAGUGUCUGACUGGACAAAUGUACUUCUGGAAAAAUAUUCAAACAUUCCCAUUAACCCUUGUGAAAAGCCUUCCCAUUGGUGGUAAAACCUGUUAAGCUACGGACACAUCGGGCAUGUGAUGUACCUCCAAGAACCUGCUAAACGUGGGUUCUUUAAUGCAGAUUUGGCCCAUGGGGUUCACACUGGACUAGUAGGGAGGGGCUUCUUCUUCUUCUUUUUCUUUUGCUGCUUUUUACUAGUGCAUGUCUGCCACCCACAGUUGGGAAAGGCUUGGUGCAAAAUGUUGAAGCGGUGCAAAUCCUUUGAAUCUUACUCCAGACUUUUUCUUUUCCGGCUCUAUUCCGACAUAUGAAAGUCUAUAUGUCAUAGAAUUCCAGCCGUGCACAAAACAUGAUCAUUUCUGCUCUGUGAUCAAUUUUCAAACGGUUUGUACUUGUGUGAAUUAAAAGGGAUGGCAUCCAAACGUCACUACCAAAUCUGAGUCCCUCAUUGGUCAAAGUUCAACCUGGUUUAACUUGCAAUGCUGGUUCAUUGACCGCGCGUUUUGUAUGUAGAGCAUGAAAAUGGACUUGAAAAUAUUACAGCUAUGCACGAAUGGGAGAGUUUUUAACACGGUAGUCCAAAACAUGCAUUUACAUGCAUUUCCACAGACUUUUCAUUAAAAGUGGUCACGUGAACAUGUGUUACAGAGGGCGAUGUGAAGGUAGCUUCAUUUUGAAAAAAAUGGUCCAACCUCCAAUUAAACCCAAUGAUUUGUGGAAGCAAUGUCCCUUCAAUUCAUCUAUGUCCAAGCAGAGAAGCGACUAUUUUUGGCAAUAUAGUGUAUGUAUUAAAGGCAUGUCGGUGAUUAAGUGGAUAUACACACAAGUGUAAUGGCACGUGGGUGGGUACAGUUAAGCUAGCUGUUCUUGCAGACAUUUAAGAUAAAAUUCUAGUCUUUGUCCUUCACAAAGAUCCAGACCAGCAGAUGCUUUAAAGCUGCUCACAGUAUUCUUUAAAAUAUUUUCAGGAUCUUUUUUAUAGUCCCACCAACCACCAUGUUCCACUGUAGGAUUCACUUCCUUUUCCGAAAAUAAAAACAGCAUGUCUCAAACCCCCUAAAUAUGGUUCUAUCCAUAUUAAUUUCCAAAACUUAUUUUUAAAGAUUUUAAAUGUCUCAAAGGGCCACAAGUAGAGCAACUUUUUGGGUCAUGAUUUUGAAGAUGAAAAGCUGUUUCCUAUGAUCAUGAUGAACCAAGUCUAUUUGACAUAUAUCCAACACUUAUUUUAUUCACCUAUUUGACUUUUAGUAAUUGUGACUCAAUUAUUUGGUAUUUUAUGAAUUAAAAGGGAAGAUUUAACACUGAGGACUGUGAAGUUUUAUACAGAAUGCAUUUUACCAGAAUUCUAAGGAAAAGUUUCUAAAGUUUUUUUUGUUCGCUCUUAUUGUACAUAUUUACUUUGUAAAUCUGCAAAAUAUGAACACCAUCAAUGCACUGCUAAGCCAGUUUCAUUACCCAGUUUAUAACACACUGUACAUAAAAAAGAGAUUUUUUUGUGCAAAGAUCCCUGUUUCCCUCAAAUGCCACCACCAACAAAGUGCAUAACUGGAAGAACACUGUAUGCUACACACAUCUUCAAUAUUCACACACUAUAGCUCACAAAAGCACAGGACACUGAGGCGAACAUUAUACAUCUACAUCCAAUGGAAUUAGCUUAACAGAAUACAUUACACCUCACAAAGAUCGCAACAUGGCAAGUCUGAAAACGGAACAACAGUCAAUUGUACAACUUGCAAAAACAGCAAUAUGCAUGCAAAAUAUGCAUUUAUGUCAGUAUACGCUUCAUACAAUACAAUGGUAGAACAGGUCAUGAACACAUAUAUUAUAUCCACAAUCAAUAUAUUACAUUUUUAGGAUUCUUGAAAGAAAGCAAACCUGUUUUUUGGAUGUUUUAAUGCAACAAUGUACACAAUACUUAUGCGUUUUUGUCAGAUUCUUUCCAAACUUUUAUGAAAAGUGUGUUUUAUUUCACUGAGCAGCCUCCAUGUUUGACUAUUCAUUUAUCUUAGUAUUUUUUUUUUUAACCACAGUGACUUUACAUGAUAAUAAAGUUGCUUUUUGGCAUUCACAGACG